AUGAUGUCCUUUUGGGUCCUGAACCACCUCUCUCGAGGCCUUGUCCUUUACGGCCUUUGCCUCAUGCUAGCUGUAACGCUGUCUGCCUUGCUCAACGGCUUGUUCAGUCACAAACGCAAUGAGCUCAAGCCAAGAAGCUCCCGCUUCAUUCUCCUUGAACCUUUUUAUACUCUUAAAUCGCGUCUCGUCGCGUGGUCCUUUCUCAUCCGGGGGCCCUCCAUCAUCCAAACAACUUAUGAAAAGUCGAAUGGCGCGCCGUUCUCUGUAGAUACCCCAAAUAAUACCAUUGUCCUGGUCUCGGACUGGAAGCACAUCAAAGAGAUCAAUGCUGCUCCAGAAGGCACUCUCUCGCUGCUGGGAGCCGCCAAAGACGUGCUCCAGCCAAAGCACACCAUGACAAACUUUAACUGGACGAACAAGCGUGGUUCUGAUGGCGCGCCGCUGCAGAUGGCUUUGCGAGGUCGCCUGGCUGGCCAUCUGCCCGUGCUUGUACCUGAAAUACGCAGCGACCUGUCGACAUUCUUUGACCAGCGAUUUCAAUCUUUUCCAACAGUCCUUGCCCGAGAUGCAACCUUCUUAGCAGCCGGCAUCAAGAUGAUCGAGCACACGCUGAUUAUUGCCGAGAUUCUGCGCAUGGUCCCGGGCAUAGUAUCCGAUCCUCUCGGCAAAUUCUUGUCGAGCCGGCUUGACUCCGGUAGCGUCAUGACCGACGCCCUGGUCGCCGUCGUCUCGGAGAGAUUUCGAGAUGCAGAGCUCCGCAAGCUGAGACAUGACAUUCCCGAAAAGAAUGACUGCAUCCAAUGGAUCAUGGACCAUGCCCCCCGACACAAGCCCUGGGGUGUGAUGCGGGUGGUGCAUGAGCUCAUCGCGGUGUGGUUUGGAUCCGUUCACAUUGCCUCAACCACGGCUUGCGCUGCCAUCUACGAUCUCUGCGACAGGCCCGAAUACGUGGACAUUCUUCGAGAGGAAAUUGAACAAACGGGGUGGGAGGCGUUUGACAAGGCCGGCGGGCAGAUCUUGCCGCUUAUGGAUAGUUUUCUCAAGGAGUCGGCGCGCCUCAAUCCCAUUGAGUCUGUCCAAGCUAACCAGGUUGCGGCAAAACUAGUCAGCACUCGCCGAAAAGUCCUGAAGCCGUUCCAUUUCUCGGACGGGACGUCGGUCCAGCCGGGGCAAUGGGUCUGCUCCGCGCCGAGAGCAAUGAACCGAAACCCGGAAACUUGGGCCAAGGCUGACGAGUUCUACGGCUUCAGGUUCGUUAAGCCCGAAGUUCUUGACGCGGCUCAGAAAAGCAUCAGCAGCUUCGCCACGGUUCUGCCCUCGGCUGAAUCCAAUGAGUCGUUUACAAUCCCCGAGGCGGGCAAGGCAUCUGAGUACAUAAAUUUGUCAGACUGGCAGCAAUGGGGAACCGGAAAGGCUUCGUGCACGGGAAGAUGGUAUGCCGCUGCAGCGAUUAAAACCAUGAUCGGGCUGUUCAUCACCAAAUACGACUUUCAACUUGUGGACCCCAAGGCUAAAAGAUAUUUUUCUUGGAGGACUUUUAUCUAUCCGUACGAAGGCACACCGAUUGCUCUGACGCCGAGAAUGGUACUGGACAAAGAGUUGGGACAGUAG